AUGGAGCCGGCCAAGUCUGAGACUCGAGAGCCGUCGCCGCCGUCGCCAGACGGCAGCAGUGUGGCCGUGGUGCCACCCUACUGGCAACAGCACCAGCGCAGUGCCAGCUACCGCAGCACUUGCUCUGCAGACAACAGCAACAACCACCCUGCGCCCAUCGGCCUCGAGGACCAUACUCAUGACGGCUCCGACCACUGCAAGGCGCUGUGGGCGAAGGGCGUCACCAUAGACGAUUACGUCGUCGUCAGUGGCACUGCACCGGCCAUCGGCGCAUACGUCGUCUGGAACUGUACCGUUCAGACGCUCGAUGGAGGCCCCAUGAAGAUACGCAAGAGAUAUUCCGAGUUUGAGGAGCUGCACGCAAAGCUGCGGCAGACAUUCCCCCAUGCCGCCGGCUCGCUGCCCCAGCUGCCCCCCAAGUCGGUCAUCUCUCGCUUCAGGCCCCGUUUUCUGGAAAAGCGGAAACAAGGGCUGUCGUAUUUUCUAAACUGCGUCCUUCUCAAUCCGGAAUUUGCUGGCGCACCGGUGCUCAAGGACUUUUUGUUCCCGUGA